GGUGCUGUGUCUCCUGCAGUGCUGCUCAUUCCUUCAGUGGACUCGUUGCCUCGCACAGCUCCCGGUGUGUGUGCGCCUCGUACCCACCAUGCUGCUCUCUGUCUCCUCUCUCCCCAGGCCAACAUCCUGCAAAUGAUGGAGGAUAACAAGCAGCUGGCCCUCAGAAUAGAUGGGGCCAUACAGUCCGCGAGCCAGGAGGUGACUAACCUGAGAUCUGAGCUGACGGCCACCAACAGGAGACUGGCUGAGCUGAACAGUGCGGACCCCUGUGUCAUGGAGAACAACCAGCACAACACACAAGGUUUGGAGUAUGGCAACAUGAAGCUGAGCAGAUCUGGUACGCUACAAAUGCAAGACAAAUACACCAACGGCUUGCUGCUAAGGGAGGAGGUGUCACAGCUGCAGGAUGAGGUCCACUUGCUCCGACAAAUGAAGGAAAUGUUAGCAAAGGACCUGGAGGAGUCGCAUGACAGCCGGUCGGCAGAGGUACUCUCUGUUACGGAGCUCAAGGUGCAGCUGGUGCAGAAAGAGCAGGAGUUGGCACGGGCAAAGGAGGCCCUUCAGGCCAUGAAGGCCGAUCGCAGACGUUUAAAAUCAGAAAAAGCAGAUUUAGUAAGCCAAAUGGAACAGUUAUAUUCAACCCUGGAAAGCCGAGAGGAGCAACUGCGCGACUUUAUCCGGAAUUAUGAGCAACAUCGAAAGGAAAGUGAAGAUGCAGUUAAGGUUUUAGCGAAAGAAAAAGAUCUUUUGGAGCGGGAAAAGUGGGAACUGCGGCGCCAGGCCAAGGAAGCAACAGACCAUGCCAGUUCUCUUCGGUCACAGUUGGACUUGAAGGACAAUCGGAUCAAAGAGCUUGAAGCUGAGCUAGCAAUGGCCAAGCAGUCUUUAGCUACCCUUACUAAAGAUGUCCCCAAGCGACAUUCACUUGCUAUGCCAGGUGAAACCGUCUUAAAUGGAAACCAGGAGUGGGUAAUGCACGCGGAUCUCCCGCUUACUGCAGCCAUCCGUCAAAGCCAGCAAACGCUGUACCACGGGCACCCGCAGCAUACUGUCGAUCGGCAAGCUGUCAGAGUAAGCCCUUGUCAUUCGAGACAGCCAUCAGUAAUCUCCGACGCUUCUGCCGCAGAGGGCGACAGGUCGUCAACACCGAGUGACAUCAACUCGCCGAGACACCGAACACAUUCCCUCUGCAAUUCUUUAGAAGACUUGGAAGACCAGAAGAGGAAGAAGAAGAAGGAAAAAAUGGGUUUUGGGUCCAUUUCAAGAGUUUUUGCAAGGGGAAAACAACGGAAGUCCUUAGACCCUGGUCUUUUUGAUGGUACUACACCUGACUAUUACAUUGAAGAGGAUGCGGACUGGUGACUGUCGCUGGAAUCUGCUUAUUCUGUGUGUGUAUAUGUGAAAGGGUGUAUGUGCCCGUUUACAAAGUCCGAAGCAGUCAAGUGAGCCUUUUAUUCUAUUUAGUAGGACUUUCUGUUGUUUCUUUUAAUUUUCAUUUGCAUCGCAGAUUCUGUAAUUGUACAUAAAGAGUGUAUAGAGAUGUUGAUUGUUGUCCUUUUAGCGAUGCUGAUGUAUUGUAACUUUUGUCUUUACUGGAUUUAUUAUAAUUUUUGUGGUCUUUUAUUUGGGAAGUGGGUCAAAAAAAUGUUUUGUUUUUCUUUCCUUUUUUGAAACUUGAAAAACUACUGUGUAUUUGUACAUAACAGAAACUGUGCACUUUGUGCUUGUAGUGUCUUGUUUAUUUUUAUUUUUUAUUUUUUAAUCCCAUAGUGUGAUGCAUUCUGUAUCUGCAAUGUUUUGAAUGACAUUAUCCUGUUUCAGGGGUGUGCCAGUGCUUUGUAAAGAAAAGAAAAAAAAUAUAUAUAUACAUCUCUUUAUUCAGGAAGUUUAACAGACUUUCUUGAAUGAAGUAUUUAGAUAUAUUAUUUUGCUUACACACAGGGCAAGACAGCCAGGCCUAAACCAAUAUGCUGCCUAUCAGUCCAUUUAGCAUUAGUGACGUCAGUGCAGCACAGAGUGUUUCAGCGACGUCACUAUUACAAGGAUAUGUUGCUUUGGGUUCAGACCACUGCUACCUGCACUGUGAGGGUAGAAGUCACUCUUUAAACUUUUAAUGCCUGCCAGACAAAAUGUUUUUCCUUUCUUUUUACGUUUUUGUACUUUUUUUUUUUUUUUUUUUUUGUAUUUAUUUGCAUAAAUGCACAAAGUUGUUAUAUCUAAAUUAUAAAAAAGAUAAAUGUUGAAGUUCUAUUUUUCCUAAAGGAUGAAGGGUAUUCAUAUCAUAUGUGUUCUAAAGCUGCGGCCCCUCCCUGUCAUCAGUGCAUCAGGUGAGUGGGCUCAGUCACAUUUUAAUGCAGCUCAACCAAAAUCGCACGAAUAAAUUUUAGUUUUCACUUGGUUAUGUCUUCCAUAAUCCAACUGUUACCAUAUUCACAGUAUUUAAUAUUUUGUUGUUCUUAUACAAUACGUAGAUUUUGAUCAUCGGGUGUACUUUAUUACUGUUAAGUAAUGCACAGUUUUGACAUUUUUUGUUUUGUUUCUUUUUUUGAUCACUGUUUAAUUGCUAAUCAUGUUUUAUAAUAUAGGCAGGCACUUAAAAUGCACCUCUUACCCUCAGCUUGGGAGGCUUUAUUAAUGUGGGUGAGGACUAUCGAUUCACCAAGGACCAAUGUAUAAUGGACUGGUCAAGUCCUGGGAAUUGAUAUCUUCCCAGUAAGGGGGUAUGUGCACUUUUAAGUUUCUGCCCCCAGAAGGCUAGAUUUAUAUAUUUUAAAUCAAAUUUUUA